GAGGAAGGCGGCCGGGGCUCAAGAUGGCUUUAGCCGGGCUCUGCGCCCUGCUCGCCUGCUGCUGGGGGCCGGCGGCGGUGCUGGCCACGGCCGCGGGCGACGUGGAUCCUUCCAAGGAGCUGGAGUGCAAGCUCAAGAGCAUCACGGUGUCGGCGCUGCCUUUCCUGCGCGAGAACGACCUGAGUAUCAUGCACAGCCCCUCGGCCUCCGAGCCCAAGCUCCUCUUCUCGGUACGCAACGACUUCCCGGGAGAAAUGGUCGUGGUGGACGACCUGGAGAACACGGAGCUGCCCUACUUCGUGCUGGAGAUCUCGGGGAACACGGAGGACAUCCCUCUGGUGCGCUGGAGGCAGCAGUGGCUGGAGAAUGGCACUUUACUUUUUCACAUCCACCACCAAGAUGGUGCCCCGAGCCUCCCUGGACAAGACCCAACUGAAGAACCCCAGCAUGAGUCGGCGGAAGAGGAGCUGAGAAUCCUCCACAUCUCAGUCAUGGGUGGCAUGAUAGCGCUGCUGCUGUCCAUCUUGUGCCUUGUGAUGAUCCUAUACACUCGCCGGCGCUGGUGCAAGCGCCGCCGGGUCCCCCAGCCCCAGAAGAGUGCCAGCGCUGAGGCUGCCAAUGAGAUUCACUACAUUCCUUCUGUGCUGAUCGGCGGGCACGGGCGGGAGAGUCUGCGCAAUGCCCGCGUGCAGGGCCACAAUUCCAGCGGCACCCUGAGCAUCCGGGAGACACCCAUCCUGGAUGGCUACGAGUACGACAUCACUGACCUGCGCCACCACCUGCAGAGGGAGUGCAUGAACGGAGGGGAGGACUUCGCCAGCCAGGUUACCCGCACCCUCGACUCCCUGCAGGGCUGCAACGAGAAGGCAGGGAUGGACCUCACGCCAGGAAGCGACAAUGCCAAGCUGUCGCUGAUGAACAAGUAUAAAGAUAACAUCAUUGCUACCAGCCCCGUGGACGCCAACCACCAGCAGGCCACUCUGCUUUCUCACACCUCCAGCAGCCAGAGAAAGAGGAUCAACAACAAAGCAAGAGCUGGUUCCGCCUUCCUGAACCCUGAAGGGGAUUCUAGCACAGAGGCAGAAAAUGACCCCCAGCUGACCUUUUACACUGACCCCUCGCGGAGCCGAAGGCGCAGUAGAGUGGGCUCUCCCCGAAGUCCUGUGAAUAAGACCACCUUGACGUUGAUCAGCAUCACCAGCUGCGUGAUCGGCCUUGUGUGUUCCUCUCACGUCAGCUGCCCUCUCGUUGUCAGAAUCACCCUGCACGUCCCCGAGCACCUGAUCGCUGAUGGGAGCCGCUUCAUCUUGCUGGAGGGGAGCCAGCUGGAUGCCAGUGACUGGCUGAACCCUGCCCAAGUGGUUCUCUUCUCUCAGCAGAACUCCAGUGGGCCCUGGGCCAUGGACCUUUGUGCCCGGCGGCUCCUGGACCCCUGUGAACACCAAUGUGACCCCGAAACUGGGGAAUGCCUCUGCUACGAGGGUUACAUGAAGGAUCCAGUGCACAAGCAUCUUUGCAUUCGGAAUGAAUGGGGAACCAACCAAGGGCCUUGGCCUUAUACAAUAUUUCAGCGAGGCUUUGACCUGGUUUUGGGAGAACAGCCUUCUGAUAAAAUAUUCAGAUUCACCUACACCCUCGGGGAGGGCAUGUGGUUGCCCCUCAGCAAGAGCUUUGUGAUUCCACCAGCUGAACUGGCCAUCAACCCAUCGGCAAAGUGUAAGACAGACAUGACAGUGAUGGAGGAUGCUGUGGAGGUCAGAGAGGAGCUGAUGACCUCAUCCUCCUUUGACAGCCUGGAGGUCCUCUUAGAUUCCUUUGGACCAGUCCGUGAUUGCAGCAAGGAUAAUGGGGGCUGCAGUAAGAACUUCCGUUGCAUCUCAGAUCGCAAGCUGGACUCCACUGGUUGCGUGUGCCCAUCCGGACUCAGCCCCAUGAAGGACAGCUCUGGUUGCUAUGACCGCCACAUCGGGGUGGACUGCUCGGAUGGCUUCAACGGUGGCUGUGAGCAGCUGUGUCUGCAGCAGAUGGCACCCUUCCCGGACGACCCCGCUGUGUACAACAUCCUCAUGUUCUGCGGGUGCAUCGAGGAUUACAAGCUUGGUGUGGAUGGACGCUCUUGCCAACUCAUCACAGAGACCUGUCCAGAGGGAGGUGACUGUGGGGAAAGCAGAGAGCUCCCCAUGAACCAGACCCUCUUUGGGGAGAUGUUCUUUGGUUACAACAACCAUUCCAAGGAAGUGGCUGCUGGACAGGUGCUGAAAGGAACAUUCAGGCAAAACAACUUUGCUCGAGGUUUAGACCAGCAACUGCCAGAUGGUCUUGUGGUGGCCACUGUCCCCCUGGAGAACCAGUGCCUGGAGGAAAUCUCAGAACCAACCCCGGACCCAGACUUCUUGACUGGGAUGGUGAACUUCAGCGAGGUGUCCGGAUACCCCGUCCUGCAGCACUGGAAGGUCCGCUCUGUGAUGUACCACAUCAAACUCAAACAAGUGACUGUCUCUCAGGCCCUCAGCAAUGCUCUCCACUCCCUAGACGGGGCUACAUCUCGUGGGGAUUUUGUAGCCUUGUUGGACCAGUUUGGCAACCAUUACAUCCAGGAAGCUAUCUACGGCUUUGAGGAAUCCUGCUCUAUCUGGUACCCAAACAAGCAGGUCCAGCGGCGACUCUGGCUGGAAUAUGAAGACAUCAGCAAAGGCAACUCCCCAUCCGACGAGUCAGAGGAGCAGGAAAGAGACCCCAAGGUGCUGACAUUCCCAGAAUACAUUGCCAGCUUGUCAGAGUCUGGCACCAAGCGCAUGGCGGCUGGAGUCCGCAUGGAGUGCCAGAGCAAGGGACGGUGCCCCUCGUCCUGCCCCCUGUGUCAUGUGACAUCCAGCCCUGACACCCCUGCCGAGCCAGUUCUGCUGGAGGUGACCAGAGCAGCCCCCAUCUAUGAACUGGUCACCAACAACCAGACGCAGAGGCUCUUGCUGGAGGCCACCAUGAGCUCCCUCUGGUGCUCUGGGACAGGAGAUGUCAUCGAGGACUGGUGUCGAUGUGACCCCACUGCUUUCGGAACUGACGGACUCCCUGCCUGUGCGCCUCUCCCACAGCCCGUGCUCAGACUCUCCACGGUUCACGAGCCCAGCAGCAACCUCGUGGUCCUGGAGUGGGAACACUCAGAGCCUCCGAUCGGGGUGCAGAUUGUAGAUUACCUCAUCCGUCAAGAAAAGGUCACUGACAGGAUGGACCACUCCAAAGUGGAGACAGAAACGGUGCUGAGCUUUGUUGAUGACAUCAUCUCCGGAGCAAAGUCUCCUUGUGCGAUGCCCUCUCAGGUCCCGGACAAGCAGCUCACCACCAUCUCUCUGAUCAUACGAUGCCUGGAACCUGACACCAUCUACAUGUUCACCCUGUGGGGAGUGGACAACACAGGACGACGCUCCAGGCCAAGUGACGUGAUCGUGAAGACCCCUUGCCCAGUGGUGGAUGAUGUCAAAGCCCAAGAAAUAGCAGACAAGAUCUACAAUCUCUUCAAUGGCUAUACCAGUGGGAAGGAGCAGCAGACCGCCUACAACACCCUUCUGGAUCUGGGUUCCCCCACCCUCCAUCGAGUCCUCUACCACUAUAACCAGCAUUAUGAGAGUUUUGGAGAAUUCACCUGGCGGUGUGAGGAUGAAUUAGGCCCCAGGAAAGCUGGCCUCAUCCUUUCUCAGCUUGGGGAUCUCAGCAGCUGGUGCAACGGACUCCUUCAGGAACCCAGGAUAAGCUUGCGACGCAGCCCCCUCAAGUACCUGGGCUGCCGCUACAGCGAGAUCAAGCCCUACGGACUUGACUGGUCAGAGCUCAGCCGGGACCUUAGGAAGACGUGUGAGGAGCAGACCCUGAGCAUCCCUUACAACGAUUAUGGGGCCAGCAAGGACAUCUAGCGCCGUGACGCCAGAGAGCAGCUGCCAAAAGGAAGCAGGAGAAAAGGAGGGGCAACGUCUGGGUUGGUGUGUGGAUUUUGAAUAUUAUUUUUAAGGGAACGUUCAAACCUCCACAGGCAACAUCUAAACCAGGGAGAAGGUGAUCCUUGCUUCCUGCAGAACUUCUCGGGUAUCAUGUUCUCCAUCUGUGUGGUCAGUAAGCCUGCUAGCCAGGGCUUCCUAAAUUUCUUCUUAGGGAAUUACUUUGGGGCUUGUUUUGCAGUUAAUAUUUGUUUUGUUCAUUUUUUUUGUCCAAGAGGUUCAUCAAAAUGCUCGGGUUCUGCCAUGCUUCUCAUGAAAGGGCCAUCAGGUUGGCGCACCCUGUGCUCACUGAGUUCCUAUGUCCCUUGCACCUGGGGACAGAGAUGAGGCCGGAAAGUUGUAGAGUGGCCUCAGACCCCAGCGUCAGAUGUCCUAGGGAAGCUCUCACACUAAGAGCCUAAGCUCUGCUCACAGACAACAACAGCAAGAAAACUGGGAAGGUGGGCCCUGUGUAAGUCUCAUGGUUUCCCCCCCAUUCCCCAGCCUUCCGACUGCUAUCUUCACGCUGCAAAGGUGAACUUAGCCUCCAUUAUGGGCCCCCGUCGGCCUCCUGGAUUUUUAGGUCCUCCCCCAUUUUAAGGGAAUUAAAUCUCCCUCUGGAAGAACUCUGCCCUCUCCUCUGAACAAUAUAUCUUUAAGAGGCAAUAAAAUGCUGCCUGUCUAACGCACCUGCAGAGCAGUCCACCUGGGAGUCUGGUUAGCAGUCCAUGUUCUAGAAAAAAAAAAUGUAGUUUCUUCUUUUAAAAAAACUCCUGUACCUCCAGGGUGAACUUCUGCAGACCAGUAGCGCACAUGGCAUGCCCGGAUCCUCUGUGGUGUCCGCGCCGCUUACCUUGCACAGAUCCGUCCUGGCUGAUGUCCGCUCUGGUCAGGACGGGUCAAGACCUCCAUGUCAGUGUUUUAGUGAACUCAAGUUAUUACCCGUCACAAAACACUUCCGUCCUUUGCCAAAUUGGCUUAGUUAUGUUGCUAGUUUUGCAAAUCAUUUCUCUAGAUGAGGAUUCCACCAUUUUCACCCCCCAUGUAGUUGCCAGGAGCAGCAGAGGUUCUGUGUAGGUGAGCUCCCCUGACCACAGGUAAGGGCCAGGCCAAUGGGAAGUCCAGCCUCUCAGAAAGAGCUCUGCAGGGCCCUGUGGACCAGCAAUGGCCUUAAUUGUCCUCACACACCUCAGAGGCCUGAACACGCACUUUCAGCCACCCUGCCUUUGACCAGGGCUCCUCAUUUGGAAACACAAGAGAAAGGUCAGGAAGGAGACGCAGAAUCUAUAAGGCCUGUCAUUGAGCCCUAUUGAAUUUUUUCUAAAUGGUUAGAAUGACAGAGCUUGUUUGUUGAGUGCUUACUGUGUGCCAGACGCUGCUCUAAGCACUUUACAUAUCGCUGAAUUCUAACAACAGCUCGUUUCUUACCUACCUGAACCACCAUUUGAAUUCAGGCUGUCGGACUCCAGAGCACAGGAUUUUAACCCCUCGCCCUCCUCAGCUCUGCUUUCCUUACUGCCCGGGGCGCGCAGCUCUCCCUGGCCCCUGCCUCCGUGGCACAGAUAGGCCUGCAGUGCGUUGCAGUGGGAGGAGGGCACAGUGCAUCCUAACCCUGCAGCCGGGGUGCCCUUUGGGACCACGGAUCUGCAGCACAAGCCUUCUCCCCGCCAGUGCCUGGGAGUGAGCCUAUGGCAGGGCUGCAAGCACAGGUGACCUCACGCCCCUCUCUGCAUCUUUCUGCAGAAAGAUGGAAAGACAGUAUAUCGACUCUGGAACACAUCCCCCCCUCAGUUCCAGAGCAAAGGCUGGCAGAAAACUCUGAGACCCACCUGGGGUCAAUGCCGGGCGGUGGGUGAAAAGCCUCAGAAGCCAGUGUCUCGCCUUGACCGGAGAGGAAGGGGUACAGGAGGCAGCAGCGGGACCCCAGCCAGUGGGGCGGGGCCUUGGUGAGAACUGGUUUUGCCGCUGCUACUCCUUUAUUCAAGUCUGCACAGAAAGCUGGGUCCGCACAGCAGAGGACCAGGACCUUGGGCCAGAGCGGGGGGGGGGCUGGGGAGUGGCAUCAGGGACACCGUUCCUUGUCCCUCCUUCUGUGUUAUUAAAAUAAAUAAAGCACGCUCACGCUUUCCCUCCCUCCUCCUGUCUCCCCCCAGGUCCCUCCUCAUCUUUGUCUGCUUCUCCUGCCUGAUACCCUUCCUCCUCAGCCCCGUCCUUCUCCCUCCGGGACCCUCUCCCUCCUUCAGUGUCCCCUGUGCCAUCCACACACACACACAGUAUGUGCACACACGCACACACAACACGCACUCUACACAGUAUAUACACACACUACACACACAAAACACACACUACCCACACUGUACACACUCGACAGUAUAUACACAUAUUACACACACCAGACGCAUGCACACACUACACACGCAACACACACACUACAUGUGCACACACUACACACACGCUCUGCAAACUCUACACAGUGUGUACACAUACUACACACAACACACACAACACACACUCUACACACAGUAUAUACACAUACUACAUGCACAGUAUACACACUGUACAUAUGUACACAGUACACACACACAGUAUAGACUAUACACAUUAUUUACACACUACACAAAUAUGAACUAUAGGCACACACACUCUACACAUACAGACUGUAUGCACACACCCUAUACAUAUACUAUACACACUACACAUAGGCACACACACUACACACACACACUACAUACUACACACAGCCACAGAUGUACACAUUACACAUACACUCUACACCCACAGUGUAUACACACACACUACAUACACACUGUACACACACAACACACACACUAUACACACUACCCAGAAUACACACACACACUACAGAUACACAGUCUACACACACUACUCACACACACUACAGACACACACAUUACAUACACAAACUACACACACACACUCGAUACACACACGUGCACACUGUACACACAACCUGUAUACCUGGGUCCCACCUACUUUCAAGUUAAAAAUAAGGCCAGUAUGAAUGGAGCAGGAGAGAGUGCUCGGGCCCACUGAGGAUUUCCCUCGAGGAUUUUGCCCAAGGAAGGCAAGCUCGCUCACACCCUGACGACACUGCCCACAGUUUGACUGGAGGAACCCAUUCUGACUAGAAGGGUGAUGGACGGGGCCACUAUUAAACCUCAACUUUCCAAGCUGCCAAACAGGUCUUAAGAGAGUUGCUUAUACCCACCAACACUCUGCCAGCCCCGGGAUCCCACGAGGCCACUGGUGUUUCCUCCUGAAUGGACGUGGCCCACUGUAAUAGCACUAGACCUUUAACAGAGUGUGCAGUCGUUUUCCGUGGAGUUUGGUCCGUUCAUUACUUUCAGUUAAUCGCACUUCUUGAUAUUCGAAAAUGUUCUAUUAAAAACCUGAGUGUGAAAAAAACCCACUUUACUACUAUAGAAGGAAGGGAGAGUAUAGUGUGACCAACUUCAGGUAUAGCAGUAUUGUUUAAAAGAGAAUCAUUGUACGAUUAUACAAAUGGAAUAAUCAACUAAAUAAUAAACAAAGCUGUCAGUAA